CGUGAAGCCGAAACCUUCUGCCUGCAAAUAAGUCGCUUUUGAUUGUACCUCUGUCCUAGUCAACCGCUUCGCUUCUGCACGCAAUGUUAUAUACCCCAUAGAUCGCUUUUUGUUCUCUGCUUUCUUGGUCGCUUGUAGCCGAGAUGUCAGCUCGCAGCGGCCGCCCUGAGAGAGAGCUCAAGGUUCUCACGCGGUCCGAGAUAGAGGCUCAGAUCGCGGAAGGACGGCUCAUUUUCAUACUCAAUGGCGAGGUUAUCAAGGCAGAUGCUUGGGCGCCGUAUCACCCUGGUGGUUCCAAAGCAAUCGAGCAUAUGGUUGGUCGAGACGCCACCGAUGAGGUCACGGCCUUUCAUUCGCGCGAAACGCUGGAGCGCAUGAAGUCCUACCGGUGUGGACGUGUCGAGGGCAGAUGGGAGAAUUUUGUGCCGCCAAUCCAGGGUGGAAAGUUCAGACGUCGGGACGAGCAAGAGCAGGAGUCGAGUUUACCGCUACAGAGGAGCUCCUCAGAAAGUUCCCUCUCCGAUGAACCUUCACCGGUAUUUGAGGCUUCGAAACGUAGUUCUGGGGUUCGUAGGCGGAACGGCAAGGAGAGUGACGUUUCCUCCAUAUCGUCCGUGGAAAUUGAUGAGCCUAAGAUGACACAUUUGGACGUAAAAACAAGAGAAGAGCUCAAGUUGGACCUAGACAUAUACCCCCCGCUUGACAGCAAGACGCAAGACGAGAUUGUGCGAAAGUACAGGCUGCUGGAUGAGCGAAUCAAGGCAGAGGGUCUGUACCAAUGCCGGUACUCAGCGUACGGCAUCGAGUGCAUCAGAUAUAUCUUGCUAUUCGCCACGAGCCAAUACUUCCUGCGGCUAGGUUGGACUAUGGACGGCUGGGCAGCGACGGCAUGCUAUUUUUUCAGCGCUAUCUGCCUGGGUUUUUUCUGGCACCAACUUGCCUUCACCGUUCAUGACGCUGGGCACAUGGGCAUAACACACAAGUUUCACGUCGACACGCUCAUUGGCAUCUUCUGUGCUGAUUUCCUCGGUGGUCUAAGUGUUGGCUGGUGGAAGCGCAACCACAAUGUCCACCAUAUUGUCACUAACGCGCCAGAGCAUGACCCGGAUAUUCAGCACAUACCUUUUUUCGCAGUCUCUCAUCGAUUCCUCGAAUCAUUGCGGUCUACAUACUACGAGCGCGUCAUGACGUACGAUGCCCUUGCACAGGUCACCAUCAAGCUUCAACACUACCUUUACUAUCCUAUCCUCUGCUUCGGGCGCUUCAACUUGUACCGUCUUAGCUGGGAAUAUCUCCUCAAGGGCCAAGCACCACGCAAAGGCCCAGCUUGGUGGCACAGCUGGCUCGAAAUCGCAUGCCAACCACUCUUCUGGACCUGGUUCGGCUACGGUAUCCUUUACCGCAGCCUUCCCACCGCGGGUGACCGGUGGAUCUACCUCUUGGUCUCGCACAUGGCUUCCGCACCUGUCCACGUCCAGAUUGUGCUGUCCCACUUCGCCAUGAGCACAUCCGACCUCGGGGUUCACGAGUCCUUCCCCCAGAAAAUGCUGCGAACAACGAUGGAUGUUGACUGCCCCCCCUGGCUUGACUUCGUCCACGGCGGCCUACAAUUUCAAGUCAUACAUCACCUGUAUCCGCGGAUUCCAAGGCACAACCUAAGGAGAACGCAGAAGCUUGUGCAGGAAUUUUGCGAGGAUGUUGGCAUCCCGUACGCUCUCUAUGGGUUCGUAGACGGGAAUCAGAAGGUCAUUGGCCGACUUAGUGAGGUAGCUAGGCAGGCUGCUAUUCUAGCGGAGUGUCAGCGGACCAUGGCAGCGCGACAAGAUUACCACAUGCACUAAAUCUUUCAUUUUGGGGUGUUACAUGUGAUAAUAGACGUUAUUCUCUUUUUUUUUAGAACUGUCUCACACAACUGGAUUCCAAACCUCCCUUCUCUUUUACUACUCCUUGCAUCGUGAAGACUAUCAUAACACACGAAAAUAACUGGGCGUAGGGUUGACAUCUUUAAAGGGGAUGCCAGGAUUUCAGAAGAUAAUUUCUUGUUGACGAAAUCUAUAGUGUGUACUUUUGAUUUGUCUACUUGAAUCAUUUUGACAUUAUUAUGAGAGAUUCCUCGAUUUCUUCGUUGAGCUGUGAAGCCAUGCCCAAGGAUUCAAAGUCGG